CGCGUCCGAACCGUCGCCCAAGAUCCGCGGGCGAUGCUGCCAGCGCAGGGCCUGCGGCUUGCCGCUGCCGCAUCACCGCUCGUCUUUGUCAUUGGCGCGAAGAAGAAGCAUCGAGUGGAACUGACCAAUGGCGAAGAGGUAGCUGUCGUCUUCAAGGUGCAAUGCACCGAGUCGUCGCGCUUCCGCCUGCAGCCGUCCAAGGGCGUCGUCGCCGCCAACACGUCCGUUGCCGUGCACAUCCAACUCGCAUCCCAUGUAACCACGCCCCAUGGCUCUAUGGCUCAUCCACGAGUACAUGGCGUAUGUAUGUAGACCAUGGGCGAAGCCAACUGCACCUUUCUCGUUCUCUCCAAAGCCGUGACGUCGCCCGACGCUAUUGCCAGCGGCGCCUGGGUCAAGGACGACGAUGUCGCCAAGCUCUACGUCAAUGCCGAGAUUCGACUACAAGCAUCGAAUGACGGCGAUGUAUUGAGCGUGGCUGAUGCAUCGACCGAGGCGGAAGGCGACGUCAGCGCUCUACUGUCGGUGACCGUCGCUGCAAGCUUGCCCGAGACAUCACAAUGCCAGAUGACACAUCCGCUGCCGACACCGAUGGCUCUGGCGAUCGAGAUGUCACCACAGCUUCCGUCCGCGCUCACGGAGGUCGCUCCGUUGCCGGACACAGCGCGGCCCACAAGCCCCGAUGAGCGGCGCGUCGUGCGGCUUCUCGUUAAAAACAAAAGCCGAAAGUCGUCGAAUCGGCUCUCGGGGGACGAGAUUGCAUAUUUGCGGCAGUGUAAAGCCGCGGUGCCACCGUCUCGCUGGCACCGAUGGGAGACGACUGCACUGGACGCCCGCACGUCACUCCAAGGCGAGAAAAAGCGGCGGGCAUCCUCCAAUGCCUCGUCGUCGUCGGCGUCGCUCGUGUUGCACGAAGACGACGUCGCGUCACUGCUCACAUCCCCGCGGUACGGAAAGAGUGGUCACUCGGUGAUUACCGAGUCGGAACAAGCAAGUCUCUGCUGCGAGCCCGUGGACAGCGUGGAUGCCGAGGUGUAUGUUCCGAUGCGCAACGACGCACCCCAUCAUUGUCGUCGGCGAGGGGCGUGCGACGACCAAGGUCCGUCGUGCAUGGAGCCUGCAUGCCUCUGGGCCCGGUACAUGCUCGAUGUGUGCAUACAGCAACUUCAGCACUCGGUGAGCAUUGGUCGCACGAUCGCCAGUGCUCCCGACGACGCCAGCAGCGCUUUGGCACGCAUUACCAAAUCGGCCCAGGAGAUUGUGAUUUUGCAUCGCACGAACCCGUACUUUGACGAUGGGUUUCGACCAGGCGGGUCGACGUCGCCGCCAUGGCCUGGCGCUACCGAAUCCUGAGACGAUCGUGUACUCUAUUUAAUACCAGAUACUUGUACCAGUA